CCAAUAUAAGACCCUCGCGAAAACUCAUAAAACAAGAAGUUGAGAAUUCUUCCAAAUUCCCAUGCUUCAUGCUCUUAAAUCUAUCUUCUCUUCAUCUUCUUCUGCUCUGUAUUACAACAUAAAUCGUAACCAAUAAAUAUUUAACGCAAAUCACCCAUUUUUCAAAAAAUAAAAUAAAAUAAAAUAAAAAAUAGCUUAAAAAAAAAAACCCUAGCUUUUAUGUUUUUUGAAAACAAAUGGAGGGAGGAGACGGAAUACAAUAUAGUUAAUACACCAUUUUCCCCAAUCAUAUGGAGAAGCACAGCCAAAACCAGAGCCACAGCCACCACCUAACCCACACCCACAACCCCAACCCGACAUGGGGUACCUGGGACGAGCUUCUCUUAGCAUGCGCCGUCAAACGCCACGGUUUCAAGAACUGGGAUUCUGUUGCCAUGGAAGUCCAAACCAAAAGCUCCCUCCCCCACCUUCUCACCACCGCUGAGAACUGUCAGCAGAAAUACCACGACCUUCACCGUCGCUUCACCACCACCACCACAUGUAACGAACAAGAUAAUAUUAACAACAAUAAUAAUAACACUGCUGAUAAAGUCGUUAAUAUUCCAUGGCUUGAAGAGCUGAGGAAGCUUCGUGUUGCUGAGCUCAAACAAGAGGUUCAGCGAUACGAUGUCUCAAUCCUUUCUCUGCAGCUAAAGGUCAAAAGAUUGGAGGAGGAGCGAGAUAAAAGCUUGCAAAGUAAUCAAAACGAUGGAGGAAUACCAGAUCUGGAACAAGAGGCUUCACAGAACGACAAAAAAGACGAACCGGAGAAGAAGGAUUCGGUUUCCGGCGGCGAAGAAUCUGACCGGGAAAAUAGGUCGGUGAACGAGUCUAACUCCACCGGUUCAGAAGAGAAGACAGCCGAGAAGGAUGGGGUUAAGUUAGAAGAUGAGCCGGUUCGGGAAGGUCCGGGUGAGGCGGCGCCGGUUUUGAGCGUUUCUAAUUCGAAACCAGUGGGUGAGGAAUCUCACGAAUUGGGUGACUCGGUGACUCAGCUGAGCAGCGAGGUACAGAGCUCGGCGAGUUUGGGGAGAAAAAGGAAAAGGAAAGAAAGGAAGAGAGGGGAAGAGAUUGGAGGCGAUGGGAUCAAAGGGACGACUGAGAAAUCUGAGCCGUUGGUUGGGUUGAUCCAAAUGAUUCGGGCCCAUCGACACGGUUCAUUGUUUGAGAGCCGGCUCGAAAUUCAGGAAACGGAUGCGUAUAAAAACAUAGUCAGGCAGCAUCUCGAUUUGGAAACAAUACAAACAAAGCUGGAACAAGGAUCCUAUUCUUCUUCUAACCUUGCAUUUUAUCGAGAUCUCUUGCUUCUCUUCAACAAUGCUAUUGUUUUCUUUCCCAAAUCCUCAACUGAAUCAUUUGCAGCGUAUGACCUUCGGUUGCUUGUCUCAAAUGAAAUGAAAAAAGAGACCCAGAAAUCUGAGUUUACAGUAGCAUCACAAAAUAUUGUACCUCAGCCUAAAAGUGAGCUUGAAAGAUCAAACUCACUGCUCAAGGGUUCAGCUCCCAUUGUAGUCUGUCGCAAACGGAGUUCAUUGUCGAUGAAGCCUUCCCCUUCUAGCUUUGGACAAAAGAUUGAACUGCAGCAGCAGCAGCAGCAACAACAACAUAGCAAUGACAAUGAACUGCCUAGUGAUCCAAAGCCACCCAUAGUUGAACAGAGUACUCUGAAGAUAGAAUCAAAGGAGAAGCCUGCAACUGGCACAAGAAGCUCCAGAAGAAGCAACAAGAAUCUCAACAAAGGUACUCCAAGCAAGAAGCAAAAUGCAAGUCCUACCAUUAAAGCUGAUGCUGAAAAGUCUGAAGCUCCUAAAACUGAUAAGAAGAAGACUGAAGCAUUGGCAUUGGAUAAGAAACGAAGUGCUGUGGAUUUCUUGAAGAGGAUAAAGAAAAAUUCUCCAGUUGAAACAUCAAAGAAUACAAGGGGAGCUGUCAAUGGUGGUGGAGAUCACAAAACUGAUGGUGCUAUGAAGGUAGAAAAAGGGAAAGAAAGAAUCUUGAGGAGAAACAACGAUGAGAAACAAGUGGAGGAGAGUAGUCCAUCAAAAAGAAAUGUUGGUAGGCCAUCAAAGAAGGGGGUGGAGACAAGCAGGGUUUCAGGAAAGCGCGGGAGGGAAGGUGGUGGGAAGGAGGCAGUCAAGCGGCCAACAAAGCGGUCCAGGAGGUAGAUAUUGGCUUAUAUGUAAUAUAGCUAUUUCUUUUUGUUCCUUAGCUUCGACAAGGGCUCAAACUCAAAAUAUCAGUUCAAGAAAAUGACUUUGGUACCACUAAAAGCUCAUUCAUCGUAGUGAAUUCUGUAUAUUUUUUUAGUGUAGGCCUUCAUAUAACUGGAUCAGCAUGUAGUCUGUGGUUCUUUCACCCAUGUACCAUUGUGUCAUUAACACUUAAUUCUUUAUUUUACACGUCUCAGAUCAAAUGAAAAGUGUGGUUAGCUCUA